AUGGGCUGUUUUUCGUGUUUCGAUUCGAAAGAGGACGAGAAGCUGAAUCCUCAUCCUGAACAAGAAACACACAAUCAUGAUCAUCACAAUCACAAUCACAAUCUCCUCUCUGCCGCCUCUGGAGGAGCAGAGAAGCUUCGGUCAACUAGUAAUGGAGGAGCAUCCAAAAGGGAAUUUUCUGCUCUUCUCAAAGACGGUCCACCAGGUCAAAUUGCUGCUCAAACCUUUACUUUCCGUGAACUUGCCCUUGCAACUAAAAACUUCAGGCCUCAGUCCUUUUUAGGGGAAGGUGGUUUCGGAAGGGUUUACAAGGGACGCCUCGAAUCCACUUCUUAG